AUGGCCUACGUGGUUCCUAUCCAUCGUGCUAGCAGCAUCCGGCAUGCGCUGAAGCUGCAAUUCUUCAAGCCGGAGGAAGACUCCCUGGUGGUCGCCAAAGCAAGCCGGCUCGAGUUCUAUUCCCUCACCCCCGAUGGCCUCAAUCUGACCGCUUCGCGCGCCCUCUAUGCCAAGGUGACCAUGCUGGCUCGCCUGCCAGCGCCCGCAAACUCCCCCACGGACCAUCUCUUCGUCGGAACAGACCAGAAUACCUAUUUCACACUAUCUUGGGAUAGCUCGACCAGCCAGGUCCGCACGGAGCGGAGCUAUGUCGAUCUGGCCGACAAGUCGUCGCGGGAGUCCCAGACGGGCGAUCGAUGCUUGAUCGACCCCAGUGGGCGAUUCAUGACCCUUGAGAUUUUCGAGGGGAUCAUUACGGUGAUCCCCAUUGUCCAGCCAAGCAAGAAGAAAGGGAAGCUUGCUGCCGCAAACAACGCAAACAACCUAGACGAACCACCGCUGCAGGUCGGGGAAUUGGGCGAACCUGUCAUGGCGCGAAUUGACGAGCUGGUCGUGCGUUCGUCCGCUUUCUUGCACGUUGAAAGCAGAGCCCCGCCGCGCUUGGCCCUGCUGUAUGAGGAUAACCAGCGGAAAGUGCGGCUGAAGGUCAGGGAGCUGCAGUACAGUCCCGCGACGUCGAGCAGCAGCGCAGAGGCUUCCUUCGCCGAGGGAGAGGUCUUUGCACAGGAUUUGGACCUUGGCGCGUCGCAUCUGAUUCCUGUCCCUGCUCCGCUAGAUCAUUCCGAUACAGGAGGUUUACUGAUUCUCGGGGAAACCUCGAUCAAAUAUAUCGACGAUGCCAGCAAUGAAACCAUCUCCCAGCCUCUCGAGGAAGCCACUGUCUUUGUCGCCUGGGAACAGGUCGACGGUCAGCGAUGGCUGCUGGCCGAUGACUACGGCCGGCUGUUCUUCCUUAUGCUACUCCUAGAUUCUAAUAAUGAGGUCGAGAGUUGGAAGCUUGACUAUCUGGGAGAUACAUCGCGCGCGUCGGUGCUGGUCUACCUGGGUGCGGGCGUCACCUUCAUUGGCUCUCACCAGGGCGAUUCGCAAGUCAUUCGGAUUGGCGAUGGCUCCUUUGAGGUGAUCCAGACGCUGUCGAAUAUUGCCCCCAUCCUGGACUUUACCAUCAUGGAUCUAGGCACCCGAGAAGGGGAAAACUAUACGCACGAGUUUUCAUCCGGGCAGGCACGCAUCGUGACCGGGUCCGGUGCCUUUAAUGAUGGUACCCUACGAAGUGUGCGGAGCGGUGUCGGCAUGGAAGAGCUCGGAGUUUUGGGAGAGAUGGAUCAUAUUACGGAUCUGUGGGCAUUACAGGUCUCCAGCCAGGGAGACUUUGCGGAUACGCUCCUCGUUACCUUUGUCGACGAAACGCGAGUGUUCCGGUUCGACCCGGAAGGUGAGGUCGAAGAGCUGGACGAGUUCCUGGGCCUGAGCCUCUCGGAGAGCACUCUCCAUGCGUGCAAUCUCCCAAAUGGCCGCAUCCUACAAGUUACGGAGAGUGGGGUCAGUAUCGCAGAUACAGAAAGUGGCAUGGUGACGUCCCAUUGGUCUCCGCCAAACAAGCAGUUGAUUACGUCCGCCUCGUCCAACGAUGAUAGCUUGGUGCUCGUCACUGGAGGUCAGGUGUUGUUGAUCCUCGAUGUCCGGGAUGACCUCAAGGUGACAGCGCAGAAGAAUUUCGGAGUGGACAAUCAGAUCUCGGGCGUCACGAUUCCAGAGUCGCCGACGCAGGUCUGCAUUGUGGCUUUCCCGCAGUCUGCACGAGUGUCCGUGUUAUCUCUAGCCGAUCUGGAGGAGCUCCAUACCAGGUCUUUGGGCCCGACGGGCGAGGCGUUCCCACGGUCCGUUUUGCUGGCGGAUAUUCUCGCCAACAGCCCGCCGACGCUGUUCAUCUCGAUGGCCGACGGCAGUGUGGUGACGUUCUCGUACAACGUGAAGGACCAUUUCCUCACCGGGACGAGCAAGCUGAUCCUGGGCUCGGAGCAGCCGUUCUUCAAAAAGCUCCCGCGGGGAGACGGCUUGUUCAAUGUCUUUGCGACGUGCGAGCACCCCAGCUUGAUCUACGGGUCUGAAGGCCGGAUCAUCUACUCGGCCGUGAAUUCGGAGGGCGCGUCCCGCAUCUGCCACUUCAAUACGGAAGCGUACCCGGGCUCCAUCGCGGUCGCGACUCCACGGGAAUUGAAGAUCGCUUUGGUAGACAAGGAGCGGACGACGCAGAUCCAGACGCUGCCCAUCGGCGCUACCGUCCGACGAGUGGCGUACUCGCCGGCGGAGAAGGCGUUUGGGAUCGGCACGAUCAAACGGACCUUGCAGGAUGGCGCCGAGAUUGUCGAGAGCCAGUUCGUGCUGGCGGACGAGAUUAUGUUCCGGCGACUGGAUGCGUAUGAUCUGCGCAAGGACGAGCUCGUCGAGAGCGUGAUCCGGGCGGAAAUCCGCACAGGCCAGGACGAGAGGGGCGAGCCGAUCUACAGGGAUCGGUUCAUCGUGGGGACUGCAUAUCUGGACGACGAAGGAGAGGAGUCGAUCCGGGGACGGAUCCUGAUGUUUGAGGUCGACUCGAACCGGAAGCUGGGACUGGUUACGGAGCAUCCGGUCAAGGGGGCGUGUCGGGCGCUGGCGAUGAUGGGGGAGAAGAUUGUAGCGGCCCUUGUCAAGACGGUGGUUAUCUUUAACAUUGAGACGCAAUCGUUUGGAAAGGUCAAGCUUAACAAAGCCGCCACGUACCGGACGUCGACGGCACCGGUCGAUAUUGCUGUCACGGACAAUAUCAUUGCCGUGGCCGAUCUGAUGAAGAGCAUUUCGAUUGUCGAGUCGUCGCAGGGGGAUCGGUUUACUGAACAGACCAAGGAGGUGGCCCGGCAUUUCUCGACGGUGUGGACGACGGCGGUGGCAGACAUCGGCGAGAAUAUGUGGCUGGUCAGUGACGCCGAGGGCAAUCUGAUUGUCCUGCGGCGGAACGUCAACGGGGUGACGGAUGACGAUCGCCGACGACUGGAGGUGACGAGCGAGAUGCUGCUAGGGGAGAUGGUCAAUCGAAUCCGGCCGGUGAACAUUCCGCAGACAUCGAGUGUGGCAGUGACUCCGAGGGCGUUUUUGGGGACGGUCGAGGGAUCAAUCUACCUCUUCGCACUCAUCAAUCCCGAACACCAAGACUUCCUCAUGCGGCUACAGACAGCGAUUGCCGCUUAUGUGGACUCCCCAGGCAAGAUGCCCUUCAACAAGUUCCGCGCGUUCCGGAGCGCGGUGCGCGAGGCGGAGGAGCCCUUCCGGUUCGUGGACGGCGAGCUAAUCGAGCAGUUCUUGGUAGUUAUUGACGUAUCUGAUCUGGUCUGA